AUGAGGGUGCUUCAAGUGCCCCAACUUGUAAGACAUGGUCCUUUUCAAACUCAACCAUGUUUAUACACUUCUCAUAUAUCUUCAAGAUUACCACUAUGUUUAGUUUCAUUCAAUUCUUCAUGUAAUCCUGCAAAUGACAUCAAGAGCGUUGGUAACAACAAUAACAACAUGAUUCAGUCAUUAUGUAGAGGUGGCAAUCUUAAACAAGCUCUUGAGCUGUUGUGUUGCGAGGCGAACCCGACUCAAAAGAGUUUCGAGCUUUUGAUAUGCUCUUGCGUGGAACAGAAUUCUCUUUCGGAUGGGUUCGAUGUUCAUAGGCGGCUCGUUGGCUGUGGUUUUGAACAAGAUCCGUUUUUGGCUACUAAACUUAUUAAUAUGUAUUGUGAUUUAGGGUCGGUUCAUUAUGCUUGUAAGGUGUUUGAUGGAACGCAAGACAAGACUAUUUUUGUUUGGAAUGCGGUGUUUCGUGCAUUGGCAAAGGUGGGUUGCGGGGAGAAGUUGUUGGAAUUGUAUUGUCAGAUGAAUUGGAUUGGGGUAAAGUCGAAUAGGUUUACCUAUACUUAUGUUCUUAAAGGUUGUGUUGUUUCGGAGAUGUCAAUUUGUCCUCUUCGGAAGGGUAAGGAGAUUCAUGCUCAUAUUCUGCGACAUGGCUAUGAAGGGCAUGUUCAUGUUAUGACGACUUUGUUGGAUGUGUAUGCUAAGUUUGGUUGUAUAUCGUAUGCAAGUUCUGUGUUUGGUGCGAUGCCUGUAAAGAAUGUUGUCUCGUGGAGUGCGAUGAUUGCGUGUUAUGCGAAGAAUGAAAUGCCUGUGAAAGCGUUGGAACUUUUUCAGGCAAUGAUGCUUGAGGCGUGUGAUUUGGUUCCGAAUCCAGUUACUAUGGUGAGUGUGCUUCAAGCUUGUGCAAGUCUUGCUGCAUUGGAAAAUGGAAAGUUGGUUCAUGGCUAUGUCCUACGAAGGGGUCUUGAUUCUAUUCUUCCGGUUCUUAACACACUUAUAACAAUGUAUGGAAGAUGUGGUGAGAUUUCGACGGGACAACGAGUGUUUGAUUAUAUGAAGAACCGUGAUGUUGUUUCGUGGAAUUCUCUGAUUUCUAUUUAUGGUAUGCAUGGUUUUGGAAAGAAAGCCAUCCAGAUUUUUGAAAAUAUGAUCCACCAAGGAGUUUUGCCGAGCUACAUUUCGUUUAUUACUGUUUUGUGUGCUUGCAGCCACGCCGGCCUUGUUGAAGAGGGAAAGAUUUUGUUUGAAUCUAUGCUUAAUAAGUACAAAAUCCAACCAAGUAUGGAACAUUAUGCUUGUAUAGUGGAUCUUCUUGGCCGAGCUAAUAGGUUAGAUGAAGCAAUGAAACUAAUCGAAAAUAUGGAUUUCAAACCAGGACCUACGGUUUGGGGUUCCCUGCUUGGAUCUUGUAGGAUUCACUGUAAUGUCAAGCUCGCCGAGAGAGCGAGCUCUAUGCUUUUUAAAUUGGAGCCUAUGAAUGCCGGAAAUUACGUGCUUUUAUCAGAUGUUUAUGCAAAAUCUAGGAUGUGGAAUGACGUUCGGCGUGUAAGAAAACAAUUGGAAUCUCGCGGCCUGCAAAAGAUUCCGAGUUACAGCUGGAUUGAAGUCAAAAGGAAGAUAUACUCACUUGUCUCCGUUGAAGAGUACAACCCACAGAUUGAAGAUCUUCGUGUUUUCCUAACUACAUUAUUAACCGAGAUCAAGAAUCAGGGUUACGUCCCACAGACAAAUGUUGUUAACUACGAUCUUGACGAAGAAGAGAAAGAAGUCAUUUUAUUAGGACAUAGUCGAAAGCUUGCUGUCGCAUUUGGACUCAUUAAUACUUCAAAAGGUGAAAUCAUUAGGAUUACAAACAACUUGAGAUUGUGUGAAGACUGUCAUGGUUUUAUGAAGUUUGUUUCGAAAUUUGUUAACAGAGAGAUUCUUCUUAGAGAUGUGAAUAGGUUCCACUGUUUUAGAGAUGGAGUUUGUUCCUGUGGUGAUUAUUGGUAA